AUGACCCUCAUUGCCCUCUUCAUCAGCACCUUGACGGGGCCGUCAGCAGAACCGAUCGAACAUCAGAUGUCGAGAAGGAAGCAAGCGAAACCUAGGUCUUUCAAACGGACAAUUGAUAGUCUUUUUGUGGACAGCAAAUUUUCAGAUUUAAUCGUUAGUCAAAAUAUUUUUCAACGCAUAGGCAAUGAGACAUACAAGCAUGAGCAUAGCAAUGCACAGGGGAGAACUGGACUUAGUACUAACUUGACUUUAUGUUUGACUCAUUUCUCAUUCGAGUUGCACCUCUGGGAGGUCAAAAGCAAUUUGCUUUCUUGUUUAUACACUGUGUGUCGGGUAGUCUUGUUGCUGUUGUUGGGCUCCUGCUAA